AUGGGCCGUGUGACCCAUCUUACACCAAUCCAGGACCAAGAAAAACGUGAUUUGAAAUCAGCUCGUCUGCCCAAGUCAGUGGAAGGAUUAAAUGAUUCUGUGGUUUCUGAGUUUAUGUUGUUGGGACUCUCUAGUUCUUGGGAAACUAAAGUUUUUCUCAUGUUGAUUUUUUCCUUGAUUUAUUUAGGGAUCAUCCUGGGAAAUCUCUUCAUUUUCUUUUUGGUAAUUUUUGAUUCUCACCUACAUUCUCCUAUGUACUUCCUGCUAGCCAACCUGUCACUCAUUGAUGUAGGGCUUUCCUCUACAACAGUCCCAAAGAUGAUUAAGGACCUUUUAAGUGAAUACAAGAUUAUUUCUUUCCAAAGCUGCAUGACACAGAUAUGUUUUAUCCACAUCAUGGGAGGAGUGGAGAUGAUGUUACUCAUAGCCAUGGCAUUUGACAGGUACACAGCAAUCUGUAAGCCUCUUCACUACCUGAACAUCAUGAAUCCUAAAAUAUGUGUUUCAUUUGUAAUCGCUGGCUGGGUAACUGGGGUGAUCCAUGCUAUGUCUCAGUUUGCUUUCAUUAUAAACUUGCCCUUUUGUGGUCCUAAUGAAGUAGACAGCUUUUACUGUGACUUUCCCAGGAUCAUAAAACUUGCAUGCACAGAUGGAGACAGGUUUGAGUUUAUUAUUGCUGCCAACAGUGGCUUCAUGAGCAUGGGCACCUUCUUCUUGCUAAUUCUUUCCUACAUCUUCAUUUUGGUCACUGUCUGGAAACGUUCUUCAGGAGACUUAUCGAAAGCAUUUGUCACUCUGUCAGCUCACAUCACUGUGGUAGUUCUUUUUUUCACUCCAUGCAUGUUUCUCUAUGUCUGGCCUUUCCCCACAUCGUCAAUUGACAAAUACCUGUUUAUUGUUGACUUUGCUAUUACCCCUGUCUUGAAUCCCACCAUUUAUACAUUACGGAAUAAAGACAUCAAGGUAGCUAUAAAAAGAUUGAGUUAUCAGCUGAUUUCUCACCAGAAACUUGGCAGGCAUAAAAGGAGGGAUAAUAUAUUCAAAAGCCUAAAGGAAAAAAGCUACAGAUAA